GGGGGUAGCUGUUUGUCUUAAUACCUCUCUUCCAUCUUUCCACUUAGCCGGGGGUUGAGAGGUGUCCUUUUUUAGGGGGGAGUUAUGUUUCAAAACCAAGUCACUGCAGCGCUGAAAUAUAGCUACCGCUCUAUGCUCUAGAAGUUUCCUCCACACACGGAUGAUCUACUGCAGACAGUUUGCCAGGGGAUACUGGGCAUUCCUGUGUAUGCAACUGUGCACACACAUGUUGCAUACGUUGUCCACACUCCAUGGUUCGGCUGGCAGUUAAAUUAAGCAACCCCACCAGAGAAGUGAAGGAAUGAGAGAGGGAGGGAGAGCAAGAGAAUGACCGAGAGGAAGAGGAGGGAGGGGUAGAGGAGCAGGGGAGAGACAGAUUUAUUUCCACAGCUGAGUGCUGCCCCUCUCCUCUAUGGUGUGGAUCUGGGAUAGACAGUUGAGAGGUGAGGAGUGACAAGAGAACUGCAAGGAAGAGUGAAGGGAAGAAGGUAAUAAACCCAGUGCAGGAGGAGGACUGUGGACAUGGAUGCCCUAGCACUAGAGGCCACCAGCAGUAAGAAGCCAGCUAACGGGGCGGUGGCAGCCCCGUUGCCGGCUCCUGCCCCUGUAAAACGAAAACCUGCUAAAAAAGCUAAAAAGGCUGUUGUUUUCUUUGAGGUGGAGAUACUGGAUGCCAAGACCAAGGACAAGCUCUGCUUCCUGGACAAGGUCGAGCCAAAUGCCACGAUCGGAGAGAUCAAGUCUAUGUUCCACAAAAGCCAUCCUCAGUGGUAUCCAGCCAGACAGUCCAUUCGCCUCGACCCCAAGGGGAAGUCUCUGAAGGAUGAGGACGUUCUGCAGCACCUCCCUGUGGGAACCACAGCAACCUUCUACUUCAGAGACUUGGGAGCCCAGAUCAGCUGGGUCACAGUCUUUCUGACAGAGUACACCGGUCCUCUGGUCAUCUAUCUGAUGUUCUACUUCAGAGUUCCCUUCAUCUACGCACCCAAAUAUGACUUUACUACCAGUAAACACUGGGUCGUACAUCUCGCCUGUAUGUGUCACUCUUUCCACUUCGUCAAGAGGCUGCUGGAGACGCUGUUUGUCCAUCGCUUCUCUCAUGGUACAAUGCCGUUACGCAACAUCUUCAAGAACUGUACCUACUACUGGGGCUUUGCAGCAUGGAUGGCUUAUUACAUCAACCACCCGCUGUACACACCACCCAUUUACGGGGAGCAACAAAUCAGACUGGCCCUCAUCAUAUUCUUGUUCUGUCAGAUCGGCAACUUUUCCAUCCACAUUGCUCUUCGGAACCUCCGUCCACCAGGCUCUAAGACCAGGAAGAUUCCCUAUCCAACCAAGAACCCUUUCACCUGGAUCUUCCUGCUGGUCUCCUGCCCCAACUACACCUACGAGCUGGGCUCCUGGCUGGGCUUCACGCUGAUGACCCAGUGCCUGCCGGUGGCCUUCUUCACCUUGGUUGGUUUCAUCCAGAUGACGGUGUGGGCCAAGGGGAAGCACCGCAGCUACCUGAAGGAGUUCCGUGACUACCCUCCUGUCCGCUCACCCAUCCUCCCCUUCAUCCUGUAGACGACUGCUCCCUCGCCCACCAGCUGUCCGCGCUGAGUUUAAUACAGCCCCUCCCCUAACUCUCCUGUUUUUCAAAAAAAAUCUACACUGGAACUUAUUAGACUGACUGACUGAAAGGAUCCAGCCCUGUCCCCUUUUCCUUUUUUCCUCCCUCAAUCAAAUUUUCUUUUGCUUCCUGUCUGCAAUCCCUGUAAUUUUGAGCCUAAAUGUAAACACUACACAUGCUCCAUUUUUUUAUUGUCCGCAUUUCCCAUUCUGGUUGGUUAAUUGACUCAUGUGUUUGAGCUCCCAGAGCAGUUAUUAUUCACCUAGAGACUGUCCAGCGUGUACUGAUUGACAAACUGUGCAUUAAUACUGUAAGAUGUCCGACCACUCUGUCAUGUAAAUGCUGUUUGCAGGCCGAAUCUGCAUCUGGUGAGAUUCAGCAAAAUUUCAGUGGUUUAUUUUUUAUAUCCCUUCAUCUUAAUUAGGAAUCACGACAGCAUGUCAUUUUGUUGAUGUCUGAGGUAAUUUAUUAAAAAAAUGUAAACCAAAA